AUGCCUUUCUCAGCCAACUCCCCGCUUGCCAAUGUGGCAUGGUUAUCGGACCCCGCGCGCCAGCGAAUGCACCACCUGGAAACGCUGCUCACCCAUGACUCGACUUGGGAGGCGCGCAAGGCUCACUCGCAAGACCUCUACGCGGAUGCCCUCGCCCUCCGCUACCUAUCCGCCCACUUCAACUUCUGGCUCAACUCAUGCAGCGCCCCCAUUCUCAGACUCCCGCCCGAAGUGAUGGGAGAGAUAGUGACUAUUGUCGCCGCCGUCGACCCUCCCGCGACCCGCGAUCUAUCCGGUGGCUGGAUGGGUUUAUCGCAAGUGUGCAGGGCAUUCCGCUCAAUCCUGCUCAGCAUGCACGCGCUCUGGGCGGACGCCGUCUUCCUUGUGGAUUCCGAGGCGCGUGAGGAAGUCUUACGCCGUGCGGGAGAGACUCCGUUGUAUAUCAAGAUGCGGUCCGCCGCUGGAGAUACCGUGGGCAAGCCCGCGAUAGAUCUUGCGAUGUCAAAUAUCACGCGUGCACGACAUGUCGAGGUACUUGAGGGCGACCGUGGCGACGAGGAGCUUUGGACACGCGACCCGCUCUCGUUGGCAGGAGCGGAGUUUCCACACUUGGAGACAUUGAUCUUGGAUGUGUACCACCGCCAGUCCCGGGACGCCACCUGGUUGCAUCAGCAGGUUUAUGACUACGCGCCGAUUAUCGCGCCGCGCCUCCGCCGCCUGCGGCUGAAGAAUGUCUUCGUGCCCUUCAACGCGACACAACUUACACGGUUGGAGCUCAUCCGCGCUCAGCACUCGGCCGACAGCGACAUUUUGAACGACGAGGCAAUUAUUCCUUCCGCGCCUCAGUUCCUAUCUAUCCUCCAGCAGUGCUCGAACGUGCAAACCCUCCGCAUCGCAAACUACACUUCUCCCGACCUUCGGCCAUUGCCACCGCAACAACGACAACAUCACGCCAUAGACUUGCCCGCUCUCACGACCCUCGAUCUCUACGAGAAGCUGCCCCGGUGCUACGCCCUCUGGACGCACCUCUCCGUGCCUCCCACCGCCAAACUCGACAUCGACGUGGAUUACAGCGAAUACCCGAACCGCGACCGACCCUACCUUGAUAGCCGCCGCCUCGACCUACUCGACGCCAUCGGGGCACACAAUCUCCGCGCCACAUCUGAAAGACAUGCAGCUGGCCUCGCCAUCCUAAACUCGGCGACAUCGGGGUUCUCCACUUUCCGCUUCACGUUCUUCGCGUACGAGGAGGGCGCCGAGAAGCGCGGCUGGACGGGUCCGUUGGGACGGGAUCAUGUGUUGACGCUCGACCUCACGUUUCGCCGGUUCCUCAUCGAGACGCUGUUCCCGUUCACACAGGCCGUCGAGCGUGCGCGCGGAGCGUUUGCGCUGGGCGAUAUUCGCACGCUCGACCUUGGGUUCGAAACAUACCUUGGCGACGUCGCGCAAUGGCGCUCCGUAUUUGGAUCAUUCCCGAAAGUGCACACGCUCAACAUGUACAAGAUGCACCACUCGGCGUACGAAGCGCUUACACCGCCCAUCCCGGCCGAUGCUGAAGGGAAUGUUGUUGAGUUGGAGCAAGGCGCUCUGCUGCUGCCGGAGCUGAAGACGUUGUCGAUCGAGACGCUCCGCUUCCAAGGCGUGCCACGUCCGGGAGACGAUGAUGUGACUAUUGAGCCCAUCUUCACGCCCGACAACGUUGUGGAGAUGUUAUCUGCGCGCAAGCGUGCGGGUGCGCCGGUGCAGAGCGUGAAGAUCGUCGACCUCGACAUGGGCGACUACGAUCUCGACAUGUUUAUCACGAAGAUGAGGGCUGUCGUGCCGGAUGUUGAGUAUAAGCCUGUUUAA